CGCCCAGAGAGUGACUGUCCUAAGGUUGCUCAGUGAGCCCCUCCUCCCCUGUAAUUGCUUCCUCUGCUGGCCACACAGCAACUGGGCCCUGCCUUACCUUCAUCUUCAUCUCUCAGCUGACUAAACCACCUCUCUCUUUAAACCUUCCUCAAAGAAACUUUGGUAAUAGGUAGACAGGACACUCCGCGUCAGGGCUGCUCCUAGAGAAGGGGGCUCGUUGACAGGCUGCAGUAUUCACCCAUUCCAUAAAUGUGAUGCUGGGGACAGCGAGGAGACCUGCCCUGACACCCAAAUGGACAAAGAGGAGCACCACGGUGCAGUGGUUAAGAAGACAGACAUGGGAACCAGCCGAGAUGCCACGCCAGUUUCCCAAGUUGAACAUCUCUGAGGUGGAUGAGCAAGUCCGGCUCCUGGCGGAGAAGGUGUUUGCUAAAGUGCUCCGGGAAGAGGACAGCAAAGAUGCCCUGUCCCUUUUCACAGUCCCUGAGGACUGCCCCAUCGGGCAGAAGGAGGCCAAGGAGAGGGAGCUGCAAAAGGAGCUGGAGGAGCAGAAGUCUGUGGAGACGGCGAAAAGAAAGAAAAGUUUCAAGAUGAUUCGGUCCCAGUCCCUGUCUCUGCAAAUGCCGACGCAGCAAGAUUGGAAGGGCCCCCCGACGGCCAGUCCGGUCAUGUCUCCCACGACCCCUGUGCUCCCUGGCACCACUUCCCAGCCCACGCCAGUGCCCUAUGCCAUGCCCGAGUUCCAGCGGGUCACCAUCAGUGGAGAUUACUGUGCCGGGAUCACUGUGGAGGACUAUGAGCAGGCUGCCAAGAGCCUGGCCAAGGCCUUGAUGAUACGGGAGAAGUAUUCCAGGCUUGCCUACCACCGCUUUCCACGGACCACUGCCCAGUACCUGGGCCAUCGGCGGGUAGACACCAUGCCUCCAGAAGAAGGCCUCCCAGACUUCCACCCUCCCCCUCUGCCCCAGGAAGACCCUUACUGUCUGGACAAUGCUCCCCCCAACCUGGGCUACCUGGUCCGCAUGCAGGGGGGCAUCCUCUUCGUGUACGAUAACAAGAAGAUGCUGGAGCGCCAGGAGCCCCACAGCCUGCCCUACCCCGACCUGGAGACCUACACCGUGGACAUGAGCCACAUCCUGGCUCUCAUCACAGAUGGCCCCACGAAAACAUACUGUCACCGGCGACUGAACUUCCUGGAAUCCAAGUUCAGCCUUCAUGAGAUGUUAAAUGAAAUGUCUGAGUUCAAAGAGUUGAAGAGUAACCCCCACCGAGACUUCUAUAACGUGAGAAAGGUGGACACACACAUCCACGCAGCUGCGUGCAUGAACCAGAAGCACUUGCUGCGCUUCAUCAAGCACACGUACCAGACAGAGUCCGACAGGACCGUGGCCGAAAAGCGGGGCCGCAAGAUCACCCUGCGGCAGGUGUUCGACAGCCUGCACAUGGACCCGUACGACCUCACUGUGGAUUCCCUGGACGUCCAUGCGGGUCGGCAGACAUUCCAUCGCUUUGACAAGUUCAACUCCAAAUACAACCCUGUGGGGGCCAGUGAGCUGCGCGACCUCUAUUUGAAAACUGAAAACUACCUGGGAGGAGAGUACUUUGCUCGGAUGGUCAAGGAGGUGGCCAGGGAGAUGGAGGAGAGCAAGUACCAGUACUCAGAGCCACGGCUCUCCAUCUACGGCCGCAGUCCCGAGGAGUGGCCCAACCUGGCCCACUGGUUCAUCCAGCACAAGGUCUACUCCCCCAACAUGCGCUGGAUCAUCCAGGUGCCCCGGAUCUAUGACAUAUUUAGGGCAAAGAAGCUGCUGCCAAGCUUUGGGAAGAUGCUGGAGAACAUCUUCCUGCCCCUUUUUGAGGCCACAGUCAACCCCCAAGAUCACCAAGAGCUUCAUCUUUUCCUCAAAUACGUGACAGGGUUCGACAGCGUGGAUGAUGAGUCCAAGCACAGCGACCACAUGUUCUCAGACAAGAGCCCCAACCCAGACAUCUGGACCAGUGAGCAGAACCCGCCCUACAGCUACUACCUCUACUACAUGUACGCCAACAUCAUGGUGCUCAACAACCUCCGCAGGGAACGGGGCCUGAGCACUUUCCUGUUCCGGCCUCACUGUGGGGAGGCUGGCUCCAUCACCCACCUGGUGUCUGCUUUCCUGACCGCUGACAACAUUUCCCACGGGCUGCUCCUUAAGAAGAGUCCGGUGUUGCAGUAUCUCUACUACCUUGCUCAGAUCCCCAUUGCCAUGUCUCCUCUUAGCAACAACAGUCUGUUCCUUGAAUAUUCCAAAAACCCUCUGAGGGAAUUCCUGCACAAGGGACUGCAUGUUUCUCUCUCCACCGAUGACCCCAUGCAGUUCCACUACACAAAGGAAGCCCUUAUGGAAGAAUAUGCAAUUGCAGCUCAAGUGUGGAAGCUGAGCACGUGUGACCUGUGUGAAAUCGCCAGGAACAGCGUGCUGCAGAGCGGACUCUCGCAUCAGGAGAAGCAAAAGUUUCUGGGACAAAAUUAUUAUAAAGAAGGACCUGAAGGAAAUGAUAUUCGAAAGACAAAUGUUGCUCAGAUCCGGAUGGCGUUCCGAUAUGAGACCCUAUGCAAUGAGCUCAGCUUCCUGUCUGAUGCCAUGAAAUCAGAAGAGAUCACAGCUCUGACCCAAUAGGUCCAGCAGUGGACAUGCAUUUUAACUUUUUGGUUUAAUUUCAAGUCUGCUGUGAUUAACAGCGGUCAAGAUACCAAACUAGGACGGUCCUCCUUGGAGAGGAUGCCUCUAAAGAACUUUCAAACUAGUGAUUUUGGUUGCACCGUUCACUUUUAAGAUCUAGCAUGCCCACUUCUGUCAGUAUUUCUGAGUAAUAGAUGGUGACUCCUCCUUGGGGAUUUGGGAGCUGGACACUUGUCUGUACUCAUUCCAAAUUUUCCACAUAUUUCUCUUGAAACUCCUAGUGCUUGCACUGUUGGGGCCAGGAUCUUCCAAGGUCCAGUGCCUACUGACAUGAGGUCUGUGUGGUUUUCUGCCAAAAUCCUCUAUAGACCCUGCAGGCUAGUUGGUAGUUGUUCAUUUCAGCCUCUGGCUGGCUGGCUGCCUUAAGCAAAACCAAUUUCAAAGCUCCCUUUCAUAAAGGAACUACUUUGAGAGAGUUAAAAUAGAAAACUUCCUUCUUGACAAUUUGCAUUUUUUAUGAAUUUCUUACACUGUUUUAUUUAGCCCUCCACCCUCCUUUCUAUUUUGGAAGCCAAAUGUGCACACUGAACCAAUUGCUCCUAUUCUGUGUCUUGGUUUUCUCAUCUGAAAAGUGAGGGUUUGGACUAGAUGAGUGGUUUUCAAAUGUUGUUCUGUGAAUCCCCCUCCAGGGCUGGGGGAGGUUCUGGGUGCUGCCUUCUUCAAAGCAACUCUGCUGUCAUCACUGUUACACUGGGCCUUCUUUGUAUUUUCAUUUGAACUAUAAGGACUGUGGAAAACAUAGGGUUAGAUGAUCUCUGUUCCUUUUGGUUCCAAUAUUCUGAUUGUAGCCCAAUUACCAUUUUACUUAUGAAGAGUUAGGGCCAGAGAGGUGAAAUUUGCUUGAGGUUACAAAGAUAAUAAGUAAUAGGACCAGAACUAGUUUCCCCACUCCUAAUCCAGUCCUUUCCCCACUAUUCCAUUAGGCCUCACAACGGUUAGAUUUUUUUUUAUCACUAUAACCUCUGCUUUUUUUUUUUUGAAGGUGUAAUUUCUCCCUUAUCUAACAUGCAGACUUCUUCAGAAGAUAUAAGUGGUCCCAGGGGCCAGGUAGAAAACAUUUUUUUUUUUUAAUUUAAAAUCAAUUAAUUAACAUAUAUUAUUAGUUUCAGAGGUAGAAUUUAGUGAUUCAUCAGAAAGCAUUUUUUAAGACCAAUCUGAAUUUAAGCUUUACCAAUAUACUCUUCAUCUGUGUUACUAGUGCCUGGUACAUAGUAGGUGCUCAAUAAAUGUACAUUGAAUAACUGAAUGAAUUUCUCUUUUGGCAACUUUUUAAGGACACGUGCUCCAAGUAGUCAACAAGUUGCUCUAAGACCCUUCUGUCUAUUUCUGUGGGCAAAUGCAGAUUAUGAGAAGCCCUUCUGAAUUAUUAUAGACUUAGAAGAACUCUAUUUUUGCUUGUGAAGACGCUUAUUUGAUUUUAGAUUGUCUUGUCCUGUGACUUUAUAAUGCUCAUCCCCUCCACUGGUUAACUUAGCAUACAGAACAGUAAAUGUAGUCUUUUUAUUAGGCAGACAUGUGUGCUCUUCCAGCCAAUGAUGAAAUUGACUGAAAACCCUGCAUAUCUUAUGCAUUAUUUUUGAAAAACCCCCAUUUGUACACAUUUGUCCUAACACAGCAAUUAUUGUACAGUUUUUCAUUGUCAUUUUAUCUGUACCAAGUAUUUAUUUUUAGUUAUUAAAUAAAGUCUGUUAGGACUGUGGCUCAAUAA